AUGUUUGCAGUGUGCCAGCCCGAGGGCGCCGGGCACGGCCCGUUCCGCGAGGGCGCCGUGCUGGGCACGGCCUUCGCGGGCCCGGCCGCCGACGCCAACUCCAACUUUGUGGCGGGGGGCUACGACCGCAACGAGAACUGGAGCCGGCCCGCGCCGGGCGCCCGCAGCGGCGACGCCACAAAUCCCUCCGAUAAUCUGCUGUUAUUAAUGCCGAGACAGCUGGGCCCGGGCGGGCUUAGGGGCGCCGCGCAGAGCGGAGACCCGGAGCGCCUCCGUGCCGCCGUGCGGAGCCCCCCCGAGGGCGCGGAGGCCGGCGGGACGGGAGCCGGCGGGACGGAGGCCGCCAAGCCGCCCGGCUCCCCCGCGGAGGACAACGGCUACGGCAGCAGCUCCCUGAGCAUCGAGAGCCCCGAGAGCGGCGGCGCCGGCGCCCGGGAGCCUCCCGCCGCCGCCCGCGGCCGCAAGAGCCCGGCCGAGCCGGAGCCCGAGCCGUGUCCCGACGCGGACACCCUCCUCCCGGCGCUGGCCGAGGCCUUCCAGCACAUCCAGGACAAGGAGCGGUUCAAGGAGCGGGAGAAGGAGAAGCACCACGUGCAGCUGGUGAUGUACCGGCGCCUGGCGCUGCUGCGCUGGAUCCACGGCCUCCAGCAGAAGGUGGUGGAGCAGCAGAACCGGCUGCAGGAGAGCUUCGACACCAUCCUGGACAACCGCAAGGAGCUCAUCCGCUGCAUGCAGCAGGGCCUGGCGGGCGCCGCGCGCUGAGCCCCGGCCC